AUGAAUAAUUAUGUGUCAAAUCCAGUCAAUAAGGACGAUGAGUGGUCAGAAUUUAUCACCAAGAACACUAAGGAAACUUCAGAUAAUCUGUCAAACGAUUUGAGCACUCAAAAUCAAGACACAGUGGAGACACGAGUAAGUAUCGAUUCCGUUGACAAUGACACUGACGAUGAGUGGUGUGAAGUAACUGAACGGCCAUCAGGUGUUAUGGAUAUAUUAUUACAACAACCUGAUAUUACUCAAGAUGGUGAUAAAAUAAUCAGUUUUGCACCAGGAGAAGGAAAUAGACCGCUUGGUAUAUUUGUAGAUAAAGAUGCUGAAUUUCUGUCUUUCCCUACUAUUUACUGUGACAAACGUCAAGCUGAUAACAGUGAAAGACUUGUGCCUGUUCACUAUAGUACAAUUUGUAAAUGGUAAUUACGAAGUCAAGAUCGACGAGUUGCUCAGUCUGUGCCAAACAUUUUUUACAAAUUAAAAAAAUUACAGAUCAAACAAAUUGAAGGAAGUGCAAGUUUAUCAUUGCGUAAAUGUAAAACCAAAGGUAAAACUUACACAGCAGGAGAUUUGAAGUCUGAAAGUUCUGUUAAUAAGCUUAUCAAUUUAGAUGAAGGAUUCAUAGUUUUAAGAAAUAUACGCGGUUCCCCUCCAUACUUUGAAAGAUGUAAGAAGGAUCUAUUUGCAAUGAUUCAUCAGCUUGGUAAACCUACAUGGUUCUGUUCAUUUUCAGCUGCUGAAACGAGUUGGAUUCAUUUGAUUAAAAUUCUUGGUCGUCUUAUUGACAACAAACAUUAUACUGACGAUGAGGUUAAGCAAAUGACUUGGCAAAAGAAGUCUGAACUGAUACAGAAAGAUCCAGUAACAUGUGCACGAAAUUUUGAACAUAUGGUGCAACUCUUUAUUCACAAUUUUAUUAAAAGUUCAUGUCAUCCAAUUGGAGAAGUUUUCUACUUUUUCUAUAUCGUGUUGAAUUCCAACAAAGAGGUUCUCCACAUAUCCAUGGAUUAUUCUGGAUCAAAAAUACACGCGAGUAUGGUAAAGAUUCUGAUGAAGAUAUUGCCAAGUUGUCGAUAGCUACGUUUCAUGUAAAGCUGACUCAGACGAUGUAACUGAACCCGUAAAUUUACAAAGGCAUCAACAUUCUAAAACAUGCAAGAAAAGAGGAAAUGCUGUUUGCGAUUUAAUUUUACUUUACGACCAAUGCCGAUAACUAUGAUUUUAGAGCCUUUGUCUGAAACUGAUCUAGACGAAAAUAUUGCAGACAUAUUAAAGAAAGCUUUGGGACCGAUACGUUCAUUAUUAGACUCUAUUAAAGCUGAUUAAAACAUGACCUUUGACGAAUUUCUCGAAAAGUUAGAUUUAUCAGAACACCAAUAUCUAAAGGCUAUACGGCUUUCUCUUAAACAUAGCACUUUGUUAUUGAAACGAUCGCCAGCUGAGAUUAGAAUCAACUGUUACAAUCCAAACUUACUCAGAGCUUGGAAAGCUAACAUGGAUAUUCAUACGUAUUAGAUCCUUAUGCUUAUGCUGUUUAUAUCCUUUCAUAUAUUACUAAAGGUCAAAGAGGAAUGAGCAAUUAACUUCGUAAGGCAUGCGAAGAAGCAGAAGAAGGCAAUAAGAAUAUUGUUAACAAGGUGAGACAUAGUGGUAACAAAUUUCUCAAUGCUCUUGAAAUAAGUGCGCAGGAGGCUGUCUACUUUGUAAUGCAAAUGCCUUUGACACGCUCGUCUCGAGAAUUUCAAUUUAUCAAUACAUCUGACCCAGGUAAAAGAACAUUCUUAUUAAAAAGCAUGGAUAAAAUUAAAGAACUUCCUGAUCAUUCUGUUGAUAUUGAAUCAGAUAACAUUAUUAAAAGAUAUCAGAGAAGACCAAAGGAAUUAGAAAAUUUAUGUCUGGCCGAUUUUGUGGCUUGGUUCAACUGCAAAAAUGACAGUAAUCAAAAAAGCAAACUUAAAUCAAAUUCAUCAUUAAUAGAUGAUUAUCGUAAAGAGAGUAAUUUCGAUGAUAAUGUAGAUGAUGAUCUUUCUGAUGAAGAACAGAAAAUAUGUGAAAAUGGUGAAUAUUAAAUGAGUAGAAUGACGGUGUAAUGACGCUGGUGAAGAUACAAAAGCCAAGAAUAAUACGGUCAGUUAGAUUUAAUAGAAACAAAGAUCCAGAAAAUUAUUGUAGAGAACAGAUAAUGCUUUACACUGCUUGAAGAAAUGAUAAUACGGAUCUUUUGAAAGACUUCCAAACUUACCAGGAUCGAUAUGAAAUUAUCAAAGAUGUGAUGGAACAAAACAGAAGAUAAUACGAGAAUCGCACCAAAGUUCUUGAUCAGGCAGUACAAGAUAUUGAAAGCGAAGAAAAUCUAGUUGCUUCGAAUACGCAGCAUAGAGAUGAACAAGACAGAGAAAUUGGGCCAAAAGCAAGUGAAUUAUUCGGAUGCUUCGAUCCUGGAAAAGAUAAACAACAUGCCCAAUACGACCUGAUAAAUGAUAUCGGUAUAUAUCCACGAACGAAUGAUGAUGAAUAACUAGUUAUAAAAAGCCUGAAUGAUGCCGAUUAUAGAAAACUUGUCCAAUCACUUAAUGUUGAACAAAAAGAGUUUUUUUACCGUGUACUGAACACUGUCAAGACUGAUAAGCUGCCAAUGAGACUGUUUUAAAGCGGAGGUGCUGAUGUAGGUAAAAGUACUGUUAUUAAUGCUUUGUAUGAAGCUCUCAUAAGAUACUUAAAUUCUCAACCUCAGAAUGAUCCUGAUAAUGUCAGUGUUGUAAAAGUAGCCCCAACAGGCAAAGCUGCUAUCAACAUAAGAAGAAAUACACUUCACUCAGCCUUUAAAAUUCCUGCAAACACAGGAUUUAAUUAUUGUACACUAGAUAGAGACAGAUUGAAUACAAUAAGAUCUCAGUUACAGAGAAUGCAAGUUAUUUUUACUGACGAAAUAUCUAUGGUAGGUAGUGCUAUUUUUAAUUUGCUUGACUUACGAUUGCAACAAAUCAUGGGUACAAAAGAACAAUUUGGCGCUCUUAGCAUAAUAACCGUUGGCGACUUAUUUCAACUGAAAUAAUUGGAUAUUUGAGAAUUCAAAGGAUGAUUAUGCUGCAUUAGCAACAAAUCCCUGGCAACAAUAUUUUCAAAUGUUUGAAUUAUCAGAGGUUAUGAGACAAAGUGAAGACAAAGAGUUGGCUGAAAUUGUAAAUCGUAUCAGAGAAGGAAAUCAUACUGAAGAUGACAUGGAACUUUUGAAAGAAAGAAUUUUAAACAUUAGUCCACAACAUCCUGAUUAUCCAAUAUCUUGA